AUGGAUGCUGUUGAAGUCACAGAAGUGUUAGUUACGCACCGAGGAACUGUUCCUCUCUGGCCGCUGGAAGUUGUCUGUGGGGACUGCUACGAUGCGUGUGUUGAGAAUAUGAGACGGCUACUGUGGUUCUUUCUGCUGGAUAGUCCGUGUCUGAUGGACGCCGCUCUCGGCACCACGCCACGCACCAUUUCACAGUUCCACUAUUCUUUUGCCGACGCGGCACAUAUGGACGGCAAGGCUUGCUCCGAUGAUACAAGGACCUUCUGUUUUAAAGUUUGGGAGUUGAAGUUGGGGUUUCCGCUGCUGCCUGCAGUUGAUACCGUACCAGAGAACUGCUGCUUCCCGUCUUCCGUGCGGUUCGCGGCUCUCAGCGACCCCGACUUGUGCACCACACCGCAGGGGUACGGUCUCCAACACGUGAUAGAUGUCGUGUACAAUGGGCCACGCUGUAACCCCAUCAUUGUUUCUGGAUUUGUUGAGGGCAUUGUGGUGAGAACUAUGAGGGUCGCGUCUCUUUUUUUCGUGACCGGUGUACUGCAGGAUAGUGAGGAUGUUCUUCAUCUGAGGAUACAGCCAUCUAGCGUGUUGCGAAUUCCUUCAUCUGGUGCUGUUCACCGGUUUGCUGUGGUAGGCUGCCACGUUGAUGCAGCAUUGCAGAAUGGCUCACGCUUGUCUCCGCAGGCAUGGACGUGGCACGUGGAACGCGAGGCAAAGACUUGUGACUUUCGCACAGUUGUACUGUAG